GGAAAGAAGAAACCCUAAAUUGAAGCGAGUCGUCGUUACCAUACAUCAUUAUAAACCCUUAAAUUUCAAUCUUCUCUUGCAGAGGCUUCGACGGCGGCACCACAUCCCCGGACGCUACAAUGGGUAUUGAUCUGAUCGCAGGAGGAAAGAGCAAGAAGACAAGAAGGACAGCUCCAAAGUCCGAUGAUGUCUACCUCAAGCUUACUGUCAAGCUUUACCGGUUUCUGGUGAGGAGAACACAGAGCAAGUUCAAUGCUGUGAUUUUGAAGAGGCUUUUUAUGAGCAAAGUGAACAAAGCUCCACUUUCUCUAUCUAGGCUCGUGGAAUUCAUGGCUGGCAAGGAAGAUAGGAUUGCUGUCUUGGUCGGAACUGUAACUGAUGAUGUAAGGGUACACGAGAUUCCAGCUAUCAAAGUGACUGCCUUGAGGUUCACCGAGAGAGCCAGAGCUCGCAUUGAGAAAGCUGGUGGUGAGUGCUUGACCUUUGACCAGCUCGCCCUCAGAGCUCCAUUGGGCCAAAACACGGUUCUUCUUAGAGGACCUAAGAAUUCACGUGAGGCUGUUAAGCAUUUCGGUGCACCUGGUGUGCCAGGCAGUCACUCGAAGCCAUAUGUUCGGUCCAAGGGAAGGAAAUUCGAGAAGGCCAGAGGAAGGAGGAAGAGUCGUGGAUUCAAGGUUUAAGAACAUUAGCAUCGUCUUUGAGCUUGCUUCUCGAGUGUUGUUGCUUCUUAAUCUCUUUCGUAAUCGGAUUUUUGGUCAGAUUGUGGUUUUUCCUUGCCUGUUUCAGACAUUAUUUUAAGUUUUUGGUUUUUUCAACUGGAUUCAUCAUGUGCUUAUUACACAUUGGGCUCUGUUAUGUUAAACUUAAUUCAGUCUUUCGUUGCAAGUCUUAACAGCAUCUCCCAAAUUAAAUUCUAAGAGAAUUCAAUUAAGAUGAUUAUUUAUACCAGGGGUUUUUAAUGUAAUGUUUCUUCCUGUUAAUUGGUUUUCUU